CCAACAGCUCCGCAACGUCAAUCUUCGAAAGUUCCGAAUCACCCCAGCUUUCAUAACAACAUACCACCGAUAUUAAUACUCGAGUUACACACAAGUUGCUUUUUACGAUUUCAAGUUGUGUAACAAUGGCGUCUAAGCGCGCCGUUCAACUCCUCCGACUCCGCCCUAAUGCCUCCUCAGUCGUAGGCCCGAGCCGCCCAACAGGACAAUUGAGUUUUCAAACUGCGCGGGCACUUGGUGUUGCAUCGUGGCCACAGCGCCAGCAAGUUUCCAAGAAGACCUUCGAGAGCGCAUCAGACGGUGUGGACAGGUCUCAAUUGGGUUCUGUACAGCGGAGAUGGAACUCGCAAGCACCCGCAGACCAAAAGAGCAAAGUCUACGAAUUCGAAGAUAUCCUAGCCAUCCUCGAGGAACCGUCCAACUCACGCCUCUUGAUUGAUGUGCGCGAGCCCCACGAGUACGAAGCCAAUACGAUUCCCACCGCGAUAAAUAUCCCCGUUACCAGCCAGCCCGACGCGUUACUACUGGACGAAGAGGAUUUCAGGGAUAGAUUUGGUUUUGCGAAACCGCCGACGAAUAAGGAGGUUGUUUUCUUUUGUAAGGCGGGGGUGAGGAGUCGGGCGAGUGCGGGGAUCGCGAAGCAGGCCGGCUAUACAAAUGUUGGUGAGUAUCGCGGGUCUUGGCUUGACUGGGAACGCCAUGGUGGUCCGGGCACGAAGACUCCACCGCCGCCUGGGGGCUUGGGAGAACCUAAAGCACCUGUGAGCGAGACGAAACCUACGGAUCAAACGGGAUCAAGUGGGGUACAGGAUCUGGGUCCGGAGGGACAACCAAAGUAUCCGGAUGGGGCUAUGGGUAAGCAGUAGAUGCGGAAAGGAUCAUUGGAGACGAGUUUAUAUUGAAUCUGAUCGGUCAAUGGACAUGGGUCAGAAAUCUAUUUUAGGUUCAUCUUACAAGUAAAAAUCCUGCUUCGAGCCCCUCAAUACCCAUUGAACUUGCCACGUACCAGUUGAUCCUCAUGCUAAUAGCAAUAAAUGUGUGUUGAUGGAGAGGGGUGAAUUUUAUGUGAUAUCUAUAUACAUUACAAGCUAUUUUAAGAUCAAGAAGAGUUCCCCAUAUUGUUAUAUAUUUUAGUCAUUAAUAGAUGAAAGCCUGCG